AUGACCCUUGCCAGCACCCUCGUGGCCAGUCGAAGCUCGUGUUUGACUUCCCAAUCAUCGGCCCCCGAGGCCCUUCACUAUCCGUUUAUGCGUAACCAGGGAAAUAUCAGGGGAAUAUCGAAAUUCUACGGCGUAAUCAAUUCCAAUCGCAUCGAGUGUCUUUUGGCGAUGCACGCGCACGAUGCGUAUGUGGAAGAGGCUUUUGGAUUGACGUUGAGGAGAAUUUUUGAUGGAGUAGCUGUCAUUGCACGUGAUUAUUAUAAGAGAAGUUGGGAUAAAAUAAUUGCGGGAAAGAGUGUAUCAAUUGGAAGGGGCGGAUCACAAUUCGAUAUCGAAAAAAUCUACAUACCAGAGCAGCAUGAAGACGGAGAAUGGGAUAAUAUCCAUAAAGAAUAUACAGACUAUGACAUAGCCUUAAUUAAACUGAGAUAUCCAAUUAAAUUCGAUAAAUAUCAAAGACCAAUUAAAAUUAGCUCGAAGUCUCCCAAAGGUGGUGAUAAUGUAACAAUAUGCGGAUAUGGCAGCAUGGGAGUUAUCAGAGGUAAUUCGCCAGGUUUGAGAAAAAGUGAAGUAACAGUGAUAGAUCGUAAAGAGUGCAAACCGUACUCAAAACCAGUAUAUGUCUCAAACAGUCUAUUUUGUGCCGGUAAUGGCACCACUGACGCAUGCGCAGGAGAUUCUGGUAGUCCAGUAGUUAUCAAUAGAGAAUUGGUUGGUAUUGUAUCAUCUGGUCCAGACUGCGAUUAUUAUCCGAUUCACAAUCGUUCGCCUGGGCUGUAUGCCAGAGUUGACUUAGUCUAUGACUGGAUAAUGAAAAUUACUGGAAUCAAAUAUUUAUAA